AGAAAGGUGGCAACUAAUCAUAUACUCUGUUUUUUGUUGCGAGUUUACACGUUUGUUUUAGUUUCCGUAGAAUUUAUUAAAAAAAAUGGAUUUUGGUGCCGAAGAUAAUCUAACUGUGGAAGAAAUGCACUUCAUAGCCGACUUGGACAGUCGCCAGUUUGGUUUUCUCAAACUGACAGCGCCUGAAAAUGCUCCUAUACGUAUUAUCGUCGAGCGUGCUGUAAAAAUUCUGCAACAUGUUAUUAUAUCAACAAAGGAAGAACAAAGUGCAAAUAUAGCAAUAAAAUCAGAGGAUGUGCCUCAAGAAUCUAACUUACAUGUGAUUGAGACAGAGCAGGGAAUUGAUGGAGUGUCUAAAGAAAACAGUACCCAAGUGCCUGCUGACUUUCCAAGUUCCAAAAGGAAAGAAGAAGAAACACCAAACCAAAACUCAGUAGGAACCUCCGCGACUACACCGAAACAUGAUGGCAAUAAAAAUAAAACGAGUGUAGAUUUUAUGACCUACUGUAAGUUGGGCCAUCUUCAUUUACUUCUGGAAGAGUACGAUGAAGCCCUAGCAGCUUAUCAAAAAUAUUACCAACUAUGCUCAAAGAAUUGGAAAAAUUUGCCUUUCCUGUAUGGCCUUGGAAUGGUUUACUUUCAUUUUAAUGCAUUCAGAUGGUCUAUUAGAGCUUUUCGGAGCUUACUUUACCAAGAUCCGAACUUUAUCCGAGCAAGUGAAGCUCAUUUACGAGUUGGGCUUAUGCUAAAAGUCUUUGGGGAAUAUAAAUUGUCUCUGAAGCACUUGAAACUAGCACAGAUUGAUAAUUCUCCAUGUACGUUUUCUAAACUACAAAUAAAAUUCCAUAUUGCUCAUCUAUAUGAAGUUCAUAGUAAGCAUAAAGCGGCCAAAGAGGCUUAUGAGCAUCUGCUUACUAGUAAAGAGCUGACAUUGGAAUUGAAAGCUGAUAUUUAUAGACAAUUAGGAUGGAUGUAUCAUUGUGUGGAAUCAUUGGGAGAUAAAAAACAACGAGAUAACUAUGCAAUAAUAUGUUUACAAAAGUCAAUUGAAGCAAAUCCGAAAUCAGGACAAUCAUUGUAUUUACUAGGCAGAUGUUAUGCUGGAAUUAACAAAGUGCACGACGCUUUCAUAGCUUACAGAAAUUCUGUAGAAAAGAGUGAAGGAAACGCCGAUACGUGGUGUUCUAUCGGAGUUUUGUACCAACAACAGAAUCAACCAACAGAUGCAUUACAAGCGUAUAUAUGUGCAGUUCAACUAGAUAAGAAUCACAAGGCGGCGUGGACAAACUUAGGAAUAUUGUAUGAGAGUUGUGGUCAACCGAGGGAUGCAUAUGCAUGUUAUUUAAAUGCAACAAGAAGUUUAAAAAAUAAUACCCAACCAAAAGAACCAACUAGCGAAAGUAAAGUCGGAAAUUUGAAUUUGAAAUUGCGUACAACUGGAAAUAUAACAGCACGAGAGUGUCAAGGUCUGGGUAAAGGGCUAACCCAACGUAUCAAAUUUUUAGAAGCUCAGUUAGCUCAAGCGCCUAUGCCAAGUAUUACUUCGAAAAGAAGGCAACUUUGUUCUAUUGAAGAAGCGUGGAAUUUACCAAUUUCAUUGGAGAUGAGUUCGAGACAACAACAUCAACAAGCUACACAUGUGCAGCAACGUCAGUAUGGCAAAAGUGCACACGGUUCGGUAAUACAAGGUCCACCGCCACCAUACCCGCAUCCGCAACAGAAUUUAAACACUGUACCAACAAAGCGUUUCAAAGAUGAAGCCCUCCAGCACACAGAGUCGGGCAACCGCCCGGUUCAACCGGCUUUUUACCUUUCACAGCAGCAAUUACAAACAUUACAAAUCCUGCAACAAAACCAAAGCACUCUCAAUCAUCAAGAGCAGGCGUUGUUCCAACAACUUAGCUCACAAUAUCGCCUUAUGCAACAAUAUCAGCAGGCAAUGAGGCAACAGUUGCCACAAAAUGCACCAUCGCCACAGCAACAGCUUUUGCAAGCUCAAUCACAAGCGACGGGAUAUCCCAUGCGUUCAACAGCGGCAUCGUCGUCAUCGACUGUAACACAUGUCCCUAUAAAUUCGGCCUCGACUGCGCCGUCGAUAGUGAACCCGCCUCCCACAUAUGCUGGAACUAUUGAGGAACAAACAAAAUCAAUUGUGCCAAAGACAUCUGAGUCAGCAAUUGGAUCAGGAGACCUGGCGCAAUUGUCACCAAGCAGUGAUCAACUAGGUGUCAGCGAUCAAGAGUUAACCGCUUUUCUCUCGCAAAAGGAUUUAACAUCCACAUUUGCCGAAGAUCUGUUAAAGACGUUUAGUGCUGAUAACUUGGACAUUAAAGAAGAAGAUAUUGAAGCCACUACUGAGGAAUUAUUCAACGGCCUUGAUAAAACCUUGGGCUCGGACGAUAAAACGAACGCACGCUUACCAAUAAGUAGCGGUAAACAAGCAUUGGCAGGAUCAAGUACAUCAGGGAAAGUUGGUACUGUAAAAGAGGAAAUCGGUGCUCAAGAAAGCUCGGAUGUUAAAUUGGAAAAUUUUCGCGAUGAGGAAUCCGAAGACAAAGAUAAAUUUGACGAUGAUCUCGAAGAGACGUCAAAGUUUAGCAUUCAUAUGGAUUCUAAGCAACUGUCAGCAGCGGUUAAGAAUCUACCACUCGAUGAACCACCUCCUCAUUGUUCAGUUUUACAUAUAAACGCACCGCCGCCCUCGCCACCCGAUUGCCCGCCACAGCGUCUUACCCGUGAACAACUCUUACCGCCCACUCCAUCAGUUCAUUUGGAAAAUAAGAAACACGCCUUUAGUCCUCAGCUGCAAGAGUUUUGUCUCAAGCAUCCAAUAGCAGUGGUGCGGGGCUUGGCUGGUGCACUUAAGUUAGAUUUGGGUUUGUUUUCUACAAAAACACUUGUCGAAGCUAACCCUGAUCACAGCGUUGAGGUACGCACACAAGUUCAUCAGUCACCCGAUGAAAAUUGGGAUGCGUCACAGGCAAAACGAGUGUGGGCCUGUAUAUCGCAUAGAUCUCAUACAACUAUUGCGAAGUAUGCACAAUAUCAGGCGUCGAGUUUUCAGGACAGUUUAAAGGAUGAACAGGAUAAAGGUCCCGCGGGCCUGCAAACAAUGUCUGACUCAGAUUCAAAGGAUUCUGUUAGUAAUUCAAAUGUCACUGGAAAGCGGAAAAAGCUGAAAAAUGGGAACAAAAUGUUAAGAUUCGGCACAAACGUAGACUUAUCGGACGAACGUAAAUGGCGUACACAGCUGGCUGAAUUGCAAAAGUUACCUGCAUUUGCGCGCGUCAUUUCCGCAGCCAACAUGCUGUCACAUGUAGGUCAUGUUAUUUUGGGAAUGAAUACCGUGCAGUUAUAUAUGAAAGUGCCGGGAAGUCGAACUCCAGGACAUCAAGAGAACAACAAUUUUUGCUCCAUCAAUAUAAACAUUGGCCCAGGCGAUUGCGAAUGGUUUGCCGUUCCGGAUGCAUAUUGGGGUGGUAUUCAUAACCUAUGCGAAAAGAAUAACAUUAGCUAUCUGCAUGGUUCGUGGUGGCCAGUGCUGGAAGAUUUGUAUAAAGAGAAUAUACCCGUUUAUCGUUUCAUACAACGGCCCGGUGAUUUGGUAUGGGUUAAUGCAGGUUGCGUACAUUGGGUGCAGUCAGUUGGUUGGUGCAAUAAUAUAGCAUGGAAUGUGGGUCCCUUAACAGCGCGACAGUAUUCCCUUGCAAUAGAACGAUAUGAAUGGAAUAAAUUGCAGAACUUUAAAAGUAUUGUACCAAUGGUGCAUCUUAGCUGGAAUCUCGCAAGAAAUAUCAAGGUUUCGGAUCCAAAACUUUUUGAGAUUGUGAAAAUGUGUCUUCUUCAGACUCUCAAAAAUGUAUUGCAUACCUUGGAAUAUGUAAAAUCAAAAGGUGUCGAGGUACGAUUUCAUGGACGUGGGAAAAAUGAAGCAUCUCACUACUGCGGGCAAUGUGAGGUUGAAGUCUUCAACAUUUUAUUCAUACGGGAACAAGAGAAACGUCACGUUGUGCAUUGCAUGGCAUGUGCACGUAAGCUAGCACCAAAUUUACAAGGCAUUGUUUGUUUAGAAGAAUAUCGGCUAUCGGAGCUUUUACAAAUUUACGAUGCUUUCACGUUGUAUAAACCACCACAGACACUGCCACAAAGUCCCCAUACGUCGAAUAUUUAAUAUUAUAAUGAUUAAUGGUAAUGAUAAAGACAUUCGUUAGUUGAUUUGCAUACAUACAUAGUUUCAUACAUUUAGAGAUGUCGGAAGUAGUAGGUCUAUUGGUAAUAUUAAAAAAUUAUACAAUUUUUAUAAUAGACAACAAAAACAACAAAUGCACUGGUAUUAUACUUACGUAGGCAUAUUUUUAUAAUAUACAAUAUUACACAACUACAUAUAGUACAUAUUUCAUUUAAGCCGUUUACGACGAGUAAAUUUACGCUCUUCUUAUAGACGUUUAGCACUUGAUAUCAUAAUUAUUAUUCUACGUACGUAAUUUUAUUUCUUAGGCAGUUAAGGCAUUAUUAUCUAUACAUUACAUGCAUAAUUAUACAUACAUAUACCUAUACGUACGAAAAUUAUACAUAUGCAAUGCUAUUUAAUUUGUUCUAUACACAGAAAAUUAGUUUAAAUACACACAUAUUAUUGAAGCAAGGUAUUUAUAAAAGAUGUGCGAUUAAUGAAUUGUGUUAAAUAUUCUAUUAGGUUGGGUUGUAUUAUUAAUUCAUUUAAAUUUAUCUGCCACGUAAAAAAAAAACAUAAAAUUUCUACAAGGAAAGAAAAAUUUUCCGUCACACGACGUAAUAAGUACUGUGCGCCAUUGGACGCAACUCUAAUAAUACGACCCAAUAAUUACCUAACUUAUUCAUUAGUAUCGAAGAAAAAUUAGGUUGUUUCUUUAGCAUAAAACCUUUUAGUUAAAUUGAAUGGAUAAAAUCAUGAUUGAUAAGUUUACAACUACAGACCUAAGUAUAGCAUAGCGAAGCGGCAACAUUUCUAGUUGCUUAAUCGUACAGCUUUUAUAAUUAAUAUAAUAAGCGUAUUGUCGUCAAAUACGUACAUAUGUAUACACACUUAUGUGGGUAUGCAUGUACAACCAACCGCGCAUACAUUUGAAUUUACGGGUUUUCAAAAUAUUCAAAUCAGGGACCAAAAAUUACUGUUAUCUCGAAUUUACAAAUUGAAAGCGUUAACCGAAUUCUGGAAUUCUACUCUGUAUUGCGAUUCGAAAAACAAAAUCAUUCGCAUUCGAAUACUUGGCACUAUGAAUUUGUAUUAGUUCGUGUCGCCUUUCGAAUCGCAAUACAGAGUAGAUCACUGAAAUUUAAUGAUAUAGUUUUUUCACAACAGUUAUUAGAUGGGGAAAUAUUUUUUUUUUUCACCGAUAAGAUUUAUUGUCUCACGUUUAUUUUUACGUUGUCUGAUUCGCGAUAAAACUUGUAACUGUUAUGUCUCUGAUUCAAAUAGUUUGUACUACGAAAAAAUGGCGCAAGCUCAAAAAUAAGCUAUAAAACAUCUCCAUAUAAGCAUACAAAUAAUAUAGAACUUGUAUACAUAUGUAAUUAAUGAUCUCAAUAAAAAAAUUAAUGAGCGACGAAAUAGCGAAAUACAAAAAUGUAAUUGCAAAACCACAAACACGGUAAAAAAUUAUGUGCUGUAUCGAAUAAAAAAUAAAUAAAGAAAUGUAAAUCAGGCCAAUGUCAGUUCUAGAUUUAAACAAGCCUGGGAAACAAACGAAUAUAUUUUUAUAAUAAUUUGGAAAAAUAUAAAAAUAUAUUUUAGAAGUACGUAUAUCACAUACACACGCACAUAAGUGUUCAAUAUUUGAAUCAAAUAAAAUUAAAAAAAAAAAAAACAGCAAAAUUAAACAAAAGUGAAUAUGUCUUGAAAAAGCGCGGCGCUUAAGUAAAGCUAUGCUGGCGUAAGGCUUAUGUUUACAUGUUGGCGUUCCUCAAACUUCCGUUUUUUUUGUUGUGUUGUGUUUUGUUUUGUUAAGGGCCGAAUUUACAAUGCGUGCUUAAAGUAUUGUUAACCACCAAGAGUUUAAUUAUGAUUUCAUAUUCACUGUCGCAUAGCUAACAAUGAAAAUUCAUAUCGCCUGGAAUUAAAUAACUUCGCAUAAUCAAUACUUUUUCUAUACAAAUGUAAAUUAAAAAAGUUAAAUUUAAAUUAAAAGUCAAAAGAGUUGUAAACUCUUCUUAUCUAAGCACUUUGAAUAUGAAAAUCAAUAGGUAAAACAGCUCAUAGACGUUUACUACGCACUGUGAAUUUGGCUAUUAGUGUCUUCAAACCACCGAACAAAAUUCGUUCAAACAUUUAUUGUUAUUUUACAUCUAAAUCCAUCAAAAAUCAUAUGUUCCACUCCAAGUUUUUUUGUUUUGAUUUCGUAGCCAGUUUUUUUUUUUUUUUAUUUGCAAUUGUAAA